UAAAAUAAAUGUGGAGCAGUUGAGAUCAUUUAAUGAGAAAUGAGUUCGUAUUGAGAUCUGAGCAACAAAGAAACAAUGUCUUUUCUGAAAAUAACAGCAUUUACAAAGUAACAAUCUAGCAGUGUUGAAAGCUGCUACACGAGACAUUUUUUGAGAACUUUUUUUUCUUUUAGAUUUCUUUGGUUUUGGUUGUUUGUUUGUUUGUGUGUCAACUGUUUGUCAAGCGCAAACUUUUUAACUGGAUAAAUUAAGAGGUUAAACUAUUUAUCAAGAACAAAAUCAGCUGUAAUUCCUGUUACAUAAUUUCCUUUAACUUCAGCCUGCCAGAGCGCAUUCACCAGCUACUAGUUUAUUUAUACUGGCAGUCAUGAGUUCGCACGCGCUGCGUUUCUGGCCGAACUAGAGGAGCUUAACAAGAAGAAUCCACUGUUUGAUUUUGGACCAGAACCGGAGGUUUUUGGAGUGACUGACCGUAUCGAACAGCGAGAGCAUGAGGAGACUGACGGCGGCGCGGAGCGGCUCUCUGCUCGGCCUCGUGCUGCUGCUGCUGCGUGCUGAACUCUGCGGGUCACAGCGAUUUCUCUCACAGAAUAAAGCGUCUCAGUUCCUCCUGCGACAUAGACGUGCAAACACCCUGUUUGAGGAGAGCAAGAAAGGAAACCUGGAGCGCGAAUGCAUCGAGGAGCUGUGUAAUAAAGAGGAGGCACGAGAAAUAUUUGAGAACAAUCUAGAAACGGAAUAUUUCUAUCCCAAGUAUGUUGUGUGUCUGGGAUCUCACCGCGUUGGGAUCAAUAAUCCAAACUCUGAGCCUGGAAUCCCUCAGAACCUCCGUACCUGUGUUCAAGAGAUCAGUAACCAGUGUCUGCCGCUGCCGUGUCAUAAGGACGGUUAUGAGCGCUGUGUGGAUGGUCAGGGCUCCUUCACGUGUGUGUGUAAAGCUGGAUGGAGGGGUCAGCGCUGUGAGCAGGAUAUUAAUGAGUGUGAAGACUCAGAAUUCCCUGCGGGCUGCAGCCAAACGUGUUACAACCUCCCCGGCAGCUUCAUGUGCAGCUGUGAGAAGGGCUUCUACACCCUUGACAAGAUCCUCUGCAAUGAUAUCAAUGAGUGUAUCCUGUAUCCCAGUGUGUGUGUGGAACCUUCUAAAUGUGUCAAUGCUCCGGGAACGUUUGAGUGCCGCUGCCCUUCGGGAUACCAGUACAACAUGAGCUCACGCAAAUGUGUCGGUGAGUAUUAAAAUGCUGAUACAAGAAAAAAUGAGAUAUAAACACAUGACAGUAUGGCUGAAAUGUUAAGUGUUAAAAAAUCUCUUUUAAACUUGGCUAAUUCAAAAUAUAAACAAAUACUAUACUAAUUCAAAAUAUUAAUAAAUGUUAUGAUAGUAUAUAAGUAAUACUAAGAUAACUUUGGAGUGUGUAACAUGAAUUUUUCCCACAGGUUUGCAGCUGAAUUUGAUUUCCGCACAUUUGAUCCUGAGGGAGUGAUUCUGUAUGCCGAGUCUUCGCAGGACUCCUGGUUUAUGUUGGGUUUACGGUCUGGCCGCAUCGAGGUUCAGUUUAAGAAUGAAUACUCCAUCAAAAUGACCAGCGGAGGAAAAGCCAUCAAUGAUGGCCAGUGGCAUGUGAUCUCUGUGGAGGAGCUGAUGGGAAGCAUCAGUGUGAAGAUCAGUAAAGAGGCCAUAAUGAGCAUUAACAGUCCUGAGCGACUCUUCAGCCUCGUCAACGACAAACUGGAUAUAAAGGUUUACAUUGCCGGCCUGCCUAAUCGCAACGAGAGCCUCAUCAAACCAAUCAACCCGAGGCUGGAUGGCUGCAUCCGUGGCUGGAAUCUGAUGAAUCAGGGCGCGUCUGGAGUGAAGGAGGUGAUUCAGGAGAAGGAGAGCAAACACUGUUAUGUGCAUGUGGAGAAAGGCUCUUUCUUCAGCGGCGGAGGCCUGGCACUCUUCAACAUCGACUAUAGCAGCACAAAUAUCUGGAAGCUGGAUGUUGUGAUGAACAUCCGUCCGUCCAGCAGCACCGGUGUAUUAUUUGCCCUGGUUAGCAACCACUCUGUCCCUCUGUCCGUUGCCGUGGUGACGCAAGGACCUGAUGAUGCGAAUCUGCAGGUUUUCAUGGACGGCAUCUGCGUGGCGACGCUGCAGACUCUGAUGCUGUGUUAUCCGGACUGGUUGGUGGUGGAGAUGAAAGCAUCAGCUGAUGGUCUCCACAUCACAGCAAACUCCUCCAGCGUGUCCUACAGUGACUCUGAAACCCUGAGCAUGGCUUUAUCCAAACUCAACAGUGCCAUGCAGGGUCACGUCCACACUUACAUAGGAGGACUUCCAGAUCUCCCGCUGUCCAUCACUCCCAUCUCUGCAUUCUACCACGGCUGUCUGGAGAUCAGUGUGAACGGACAGCUGCUGGAUUUCGACGAGGCUGUUAGCAAAGACAACAGCAUCAAGUCUCACUCCUGUCCUCCUGUUUCCGCCCCAGACCCUCCGUCCGCUGAAUCCCAGCUGCGCUAGACAGGAAAUGACAUCACAGCCUAAUGCAGGGACACCUGACCGGCUGCGUCUGUCUGUGAGUUUCUGUCAAACACAUGAUGCAAUGUCCUGAUUCUGGGUUCAGCAGGAGACGGAGAGAGAAAGCUUGACCUGUGAUGUUUCUUUGUGUUUUUAAUUGAUCCACUCAUUAGUUGACUGAUGACUAACCUGUGAAAGAGCUUCAGAAGCGCAUGAGCCUCUAUUUAAAGAUGCCACACAUAUUCAUUCCAGUAUUUUUAUUCCUGACAUGUGUCUUUAAUCAGGUUUUUACUCGCAGUAUAGAGCCGUCAGUUUGUAUCUUGUAUAUAACACACUAAUUUGAAUGUGAUGUGAAUAUGUUUAGGUGGAUAUUGAACACUAGUGUCGCAUUAAUUGUUGUAAUAAAACAUGAAAUGCAGCUUGUUGUUGUUGUUGUCGUCAUCAUCAUGCAAAUGCAAAUCUCACCUUCUUAAGAA